AGGUCUGUAGCGAUUGAAGGACUAUCCUACAUGACAGAAACCAAAGCUAGCAUCGGUGGCCCUGACAGAGCCUGAGAAGACAUCCUGCUGCUUGUGUAUGGUGGCCAGUGAAGAACGUGCUUUUCCAUUUUUUGAGUCAACUAAAAGGCCCAUAACAACAUCUCGUUCUUGUUCUGAAUUUUCUAAAAUGCUGAAUAUCAACUUUCCCUGCCCUUCUCAAGGUUUUUGGUAAAUGUCUAAGAGGAUUUUCCACAGAAGCAAUGUCUUUGAUUCCAAUAACUCCCUAUACAUACACGCCCCUGAAUCUACUUAAAGAAGGUACAAUUGUCAAUGUCUAUGGUGUCGUGAAAUUCUUUAAGCCUCCAUACCUCAGCAAAGGAACUGAUUAUUGCUCAGUAGUAACAAUUGUGGACCAGACAAAUGUGAAGUUAACGUGCAUGCUCUUUAGUGGAAACUAUGAAGCCCUUCCAAUCAUUUAUAAAGUUGGAGACAUUGUUCGCUUUCACAGGCUGAAGAUCCAAGUCUAUAAAAAUGAGCUUCAGGGAAUCAACAGCUCUGGUUUUGCAUCUCUGACAUUUGAAGGAACUUUAGGGACUCCUGUCACUGCACGCUCUUCAAGCAAACUGUAUAGCUUCACUUCUCAGGACAAAAAAAUGGUAGAAGCCUUGCGGGUUUGGGCAUCCACACACAUUUCAGCUUCUUCAACUGGAGUGCAGCUGUGUGAUGUUCAACCCAUGCAGUAUUAUGACCUGACUUGCCAGCUCCUGGGUAAAGCAGAAGUGGACGGAACAGCAUUUCUUCUAAAGGUAUGGGACGGGACGAGGACGGUGUUUCCCUCUUGGAGAGUCUCCAUACAAGAUCUUCCUUUUGAAGGUGAUUUAAAUCACAUUCUACAGCUCCAGAGUCUGGUGAUAGACAUUCUUGUCUAUGAUAACCAUGUUCAAGUGGCAAAAUCCCUGAAGAUUGGAAGCUUUCUUAGAAUCUAUAGCCUCCAUACCAAGCUUCAUUCUGUUAAUACAGACACCAACAGUUCAUUGUUAAGGCUGGAGUUUCAUCUCCAUGGAGGGACCAGUUAUGGUCGGGGGAUCAGGGUUUUGCCAGAAACUAGCUCCUGCGUGGAUCAGCUGAAAAAAGAUUUAGAAGGUGCAGAGUUGGCAGUCAAUCAGCGCUCAAAUAGUAUCUGUCAAUCAGCAAAUGAGGACAACUUUGAACUGUCAAACUCUGGAUCAGGCUCCGUAUCACUGUAUGAUGUAGAGCGAUGUCAGCAAGUCUCUGCUACAAUACUUACAGAUCACCAGUAUUUAGAGAAAACACCAUUGUGUGCUAUUUUGAAGCAAAAAGCUCCUCAGCAAUAUCGAAUCCGUGCAAAACUGAGAUCAUAUAUGCCCAGAAGACUUUUCCAAUCUGUUAAGCUUCUUUGUCCUAAAUGUCAUUCAUUGCAAGAAGUUCCAUACGAGGACAAUUUAGAUAAAAUUUUGCAAGAUGCUGCAACUAAAGCUCCAAACAGCAAGCUGCAAGAUACAUCAUUCUAUGACUCAAAAGUCUGGUUCACUGAAGGCCAAGGAGGACGGCAGGUUGCCGUUCACUUUGUGAAAAAUGAUAACAUCCUCCCUCUUUCAAAUGAAUGUCUAAUCUUGAUAGAAGGAGGAAGGCUCUGUGAAGUCUCUAAACUAUCAAGCAAGUUUCACAGUGUGAUCCCUGUGAGGUCCGGCCCUGAGGACCUGGAGCUGAUAGACCUUUCAGCACCAUUCCUCAUCCAAGGAAAAGUGUAUCACUAUGGAUGUAAGCAGUGUUCAAGCUUGAAACCUAUAGGAAACCUAAAUUCCCUUCUUAAUAAAGGACUAUGGAUUCCUUCCGCUGUGGCAGAAGCUCUGGGCAUCGUGCCUCUGCAGUAUGUGUUUGUGAUGACUUUCACUCUGGAUGAUGGAACAGGAGUACUGGACGUGUACCUUAAGGACUCUGAGAACUUUUUCAAGAUCCCAGCAUCAGAAGUCCUCACUGAUGACGACCUUCAGAGAAGUCUAGAAACAAUCAUGAAUAUGCUAUGCCCUCCAGAAAUAAAAAUUGAUGCAUACCCAUGGCUGGAGUGCCUCAUCAAGUCCUACACCGUCACCAUUGGAACAGAGCAAAGAAUUUGUUACCAGAUUUUUGAUACCACAGUUGCAGAAGACAUCUAGUGCUUCCCUUCACUGUAGUGUGUGUGUGUGUGUGUGUGUGUGUGUGUGU